AUGGGAACGAGCAGCGAUCCGAUCCAAGACGUUUCGGACGAGCAACAAAAACGAUCAGAGAUCUACACAUACGAAGCCCCAUGGCAAAUCUACGCAAUGAACUGGAGCGUCCGCCGCGACAAAAAGUACCGCCUCGCAAUCUCCAGCCUCCUCGAGCAAUACCCUAACCGCGUCGAGAUCGUCCAGCUCGACGAAUCCAACGGCGAGAUCCGCUCGGAUCCAAACCUCUCCUUCGAGCACCCUUACCCUCCCACCAAAACCAUCUUCAUCCCCGACAAGGAGUGCCAGCGCCCCGAUCUCCUCGCCACCUCCAGCGACUUCCUCCGCCUCUGGCGAAUCGCCGACGAUCACUCCCGCGUCGAGCUCAAAUCCUGCCUCAACAGCAACAAGAACAGCGAGUUCUGCGGACCGUUGACUUCCUUCGACUGGAACGAAGCCGAGCCGCGGCGGAUCGGGACCUCCAGCACCGAUACCACCUGCACGAUCUGGGAUAUCGAUCGCGAGGCCGUUGAUACUCAGCUUAUCGCGCACGAUAAAGAGGUGUUGGAUAUUGCCUGGGGCGGUGUUGGUGUGUUUGCUUCUGUUUCGGCUGAUGGAUCGGUGAGAGUUUUCGAUCUUCGUGAUAAGGAACAUUCGACGAUAAUCUACGAGAGCUCUGAGCCUGAUACACCACUAGUGCGUCUUGGUUGGAACAAGCAGGAUCCUAGGUAUAUGGCGACUAUUAUAAUGGAUAGUGCUAAGGUUGUUGUGCUUGAUAUUCGUUUUCCGGCGUUGCCUGUUGUGGAGCUGCAGAGGCAUCAGGCGAGUGUUAAUGCUAUUGCGUGGGCUCCGCAUAGCUCGUCGCAUAUAUGUACUGCUGGGGAUGAUUCGCAGGCUUUGAUUUGGGAUAUUUCGUCGAUGGGGCAGCAUGUUGAAGGUGGGCUUGAUCCUAUUCUUGCGUAUACUGCUGGUGCUGAGAUUGAGCAGUUGCAAUGGUCUUCUUCUCAGCCUGAUUGGGUUGCUAUUGCUUUUGCAACGAAGCUGCAGAUUCUCAGGGUUUGAUUGAUGUUUAAUUAGUUUCUUGUCACGUUAGUUUUUUUACCACAUUUAUGUUGUCUGCUUGCUUCUUGUUUACUAUCUAUCCCACUCAUGGUGUAAAGCUUGCAGUGACUGUUUCGUAUUAAUGAAUCUACUUGGUCUUGUUCAAUAUGCAAACGCUUGGGUUGUAUGUUAUUGAAUAAAAUUGAUGUAUGAUUGAUAAGAAAGGAUGAUCCUUUGUCCAUGGGAAAUGUGUAUACUCAAUAUUGUGUGAAUAACGAUGUUCAGUUAUGUAUUUGAUUAGAACUAUGGAGAGCUAGAGUUAAC